AUGGGUCGUUCUAAAGGAUAUCAGGAUUUGGACGAUAGCCAUGUCCGACCACGAUCUCCAGCCUCCGCGAUGCCUCCUCCUCAAGAAAUUGAAAUGGCAUCAGUUUCCGUAGUCCCUGAUGAUACCUUCACUGUUACCCAAGCAGUAAAUGCUCUUGGUUUUGGCUGGUUUCAAGUGAAACUGUCUCUGUUCACUGGACUGUGUUGGAUGGCAGAUUCAAUGGAAAUGACAAUACUAAGCAUUUUGUCACCUGCAUUGCACUGCGAGUGGAAUAUCAGCAAGUACCAACAAGCAUUAACAACAACUAUAGUUUUUUUAGGCAUGAUGCUUAGCUCUACAUUUUGGGGUAAUAUCAGUGAUCGUUACGGAAGAAAAACUGCUCUAAGCAUGUGUGGAGUAUUACUAUUCUACUAUGGAUUACUAAGCUCGAUAGCGCCAAACUUCCUGUGGUUAUUAUUUCUGAGGAGUCUUGUUGGAUUUGCUAUAGGAUGUGUACCACAAUCUGUUACACUAUACGCGGAGUUUUUACCUACAAAACAAAGAGCGAAAUGUGUUGUUCUUCUGGAUUGUUUCUGGGCGCUGGGUGCAUGUUUGGAAGUAGCAUUAGCGCUGGUGGUAAUGCCGUCGCUUGGAGUACACUGGCUACUUGCAUUAUCGACCAUUCCGCUGCUCAUGUUUGCACUUAUAUCACCUUGGCUACCAGAGUCCGCUAGAUUCCACGUUGCUAGUGGAGAACCCGAUAAAGCUUUAGCUACUCUGGAACAGAUAGCUCAAAACAACGGUAGGCCCAUGUUAUUGGGCCGAUUGGUGUGCGACGACUCAGUGGGCAUCGGCCAGCGCGGCCGGUUGAAGCAUCUUCUCAUACCACACCUGAGGAACACUAGCUUACUGCUCUGGUUUAUAUGGAUGUCGUGCGCGUUCUGCUACUACGGGCUGGUGCUGAUGACGACGGAGCUGUUCGAGACGUCCCCGGGCGGCCUCGAGGAGGCGUGCGCGGCCGACUGCCGCCCGCUGCAGACCACGGACUACAUGGACCUGCUGUGGACCACGCUCGCCGAGUUCCCCGGUAUAUUCGCUACAAUAUUCAUUAUUGAAAAAUUUGGUCGCAAGAAAACUAUGGCUACGCAAUUUGUUAUAUUCGCAAUGUGUGUCUGCGUUUUAAUCUAUAAUGGAAACCGUACAUUCCUGACGUGUGUGCUGUUCGUUGCAAGAGGUAUCAUCGCCGGACUCUUUCAAGCUGCCUAUGUGUAUACCCCAGAGGUGUACCCGACUGCGCUCCGAGCAACUGCAGUUGGCGCUUGCAGUGCUGUGGCGAGGCUGGGGGCCAUGAUUACACCUUAUGUCGCACAGGUGUUACUGAAGAAUUCAAUAGUGAUAGCAACCAGCGUAUACUCUCUAGUCGCCGUGUUGGCAGCUGGUGCCUGCCUGGCCUUACCUAUCGAAACCAAGGGCAGGGAACUGAGGGACACCGUCACGGUAACGACAUAG